CUACGGCUCUAGCCAAUGGGAGCCGAGGAGAGGCGCAGAGGAGGCGGGCCCCGCGACAGUCUGGCCGAGGCGCGAGGCCCUCCUCCCGCCUCUCCGCCUACUCCAUCCUCCGCCGCCUCAGCUUCCCCAGCGAGCCCUGCGGCCGCCGCAGCUGCUCCCGCGGCGGAGCAGGAGCCGGAUGGUCAGAGGAGCCCGGCAGCCUCAGCAGCCGCGGAGUCGCCUGGCCACCAGACUGACUGGCACAGUGGAGAAACCACCUCGAAAACGGAAAAGCAGGUAAGGACUGAAUUUGCUCUUAAAGAAAUCAUGUCCUCUGGAGGUGCUGAAGAUGACAUCCCACAGGGAGAGAGGAAAACAGUCACUGAUUUUUGUUAUCUUCUGGAUAAAUCUAAGCAACUGUUCAAUGGGUUAAGAGAUUUGCCACAAUAUGGGCAGAAGCAGUGGCAAUCCUAUUUUGGAAGAACUUUUGAUGUUUACACCAAACUCUGGAAGUUCCAGCAGCAGCACCGACAAGUCUUGGAUAAUCGGUAUGGCUUGAAGCGGUGGCAAAUAGGGGAAAUUGCUUCUAAGAUUGGGCAGCUAUACUACCAUUAUUACUUACGCACAUCUGAGACCAGCUAUCUGAAUGAGGCUUUCUCCUUCUAUUCUGCAAUCAGACAGAGAUCAUAUUAUUCUCAAGUCAAUAAAGAAGACAGACCUGAGUUGGUAGUUAAGAAGCUACGAUACUAUGCAAGAUUUAUAGUAGUUUGUCUUCUUCUCAACAAAAUGGAUGUUGUAAAGGAACUGGUGAAGGAAUUGUCCGAUGAAAUUGAAGAUUACACUCACCGCUUUAAUACUGAAGAUCAAGUGGAGUGGAACCUGGUGCUUCAAGAAGUCGCAGCUUUUAUCGAGGCAGACCCCGUAAUGGUGUUGAAUGAUGAUAAUACCAUUGUUAUCACAUCUAACCGCCUUGCUGAAACAGGAGCCCCACUGCUGGAACAGGGCAUGAUUGUGGGACAGCUGUCUCUGGCUGACGCGCUCAUUAUUGGUAAUUGUAAUAACCAGGUUAAGUUCAGUGAACUAACUGUUGACAUGUUCCGGAUGUUACAAGCCCUGGAAAGGGAGCCAAUGAAUUUAGCUUCCCAGAUGAAUAAGUCAGGAAUGCAGGAAUCAGCUGACAAGCCUACCAGGCGAGAAAAUCCCCACAAGUACCUGCUCUACAAACCAACCUUCAGCCAACUGUACACAUUCUUAGCAGCAUCUUUUAAGGAGCUGCCUGCCAAUAGCGUACUUCUGAUUUACCUGUCAGCCACUGGCGUUUUCCCAACAGGUCGUUCUGAUAGUGAAGGUCCUUAUGAUUUUGGAGGGGUUCUUACUAAUAGUAACCGGGAUAUUAUAAAUGGAGAUGCCAUGCACAAACGCAAUCAAUCCCACAAAGAAAUGCACUGCCUCCAUCCUGGAGAUCUCUACCCCUUCACGAGGAAGCCCCUGUUUAUCAUCGUGGAUUCAUCCAAUAGUGUCGCAUAUAAGAAUUUCACAAACUUAUUUGGACAGCCACUAGUCUGCUUGCUUUCUCCUACAGCAUAUCCAAAAGCUUUACAAGAUCAAUCUCAACGAGGUAGCCUCUUCACGCUCUUUUUGAACAAUCCUCUAAUGGCCUUCCUAUUUGUCUCUGGAUUGUCAAGCAUGCGCAGAAGCCUGUGGGAAAAGUGUCAAGAAUACCUUCGAAAAAUCAACCGCGAUAUUGCCCAGCUACUGACCCAUUCACGUUCAAUAGAUCAGGCAUUCCUCCAGUUUUUUGGAGAUGAAUUUCUUCGCUUGCUUCUCACAAGAUUUGUCUUUUGUUCAGCCACCAUGAGGAUGCACAAGAUUUUUCGGGAAACACGGAAUUACCCAGAAUCAUAUCCACAACUGCCAAGGGAUGAAACGGUGGAGAACCCUCAUCUCCAGAAGCACAUUUUGGAAUUGGCAUCCAUUCUGGAUGUUCGAAACGUGUUCUUUGAAAAUACCUUGGAUGACUAUUAAAACAAAAACCCUCUUGUCGAAACACUUUCAUUUGCCACAGAUUUUAAAUGGUGCCAUUUUCUAAUGUGAUGACAGACACAUAGUGGUGUUACUUCGUUUUUAUUUUUUAAUUUAGGACCGCCAUUUUAAAAACAAACCUAAAACAUUGUUCAAACGUUUAGGGUGGCUGUUUUAAAAUACAAUCUUUCAGGUCUUUUAAAAACUAGCUUAAUUUGGGGAUUUUUAUUUUUUUGGUUUUGAGGUAUGGAUAUUUGCCUCCAGCAUCUCACCCUACCCUCAAAUAUUCACUGUUCUCACUCUUCAAAGAGCAAAUUAUUUAUUUUUGUAUAAUGAGGAAAAUCCAACUCUUAAACUUGGACCUUACAGUGUAAUUGUUCACAGAGAUGAAACUAGCCAGCAUGGACUACUAAAAAUCUAGAACAGAGUCCUGCCAUAAUAUUUCUUUUCAUUCCAAGUUAGUAGGUAGAAACUGUAUGAAGAGUAUAAUCGAGACAGUUCUUGAAAUCAUUUAACUUGGUUAAAUACUGUCAUAAUUUCUAAAACUAUAUGAGAUUGAUUUGCGCCUGAAAGCUAAAGCUUUAAUUGGGAUCUUGAGAAUGAUGAAUAUCAUCUGGAGUGUGUGAAUCCUGUCCUGUGAGAUAUGUUUGCAUAUUUUGUUUUCUUCGUUAGACUUUGAGUGCUGGAAAUGUAAAAGAACAACUUUUAAAUAUUUCACUUAAAAAUCAGAUUGUCAGCUUUUUAAUACAGUAUUUCCAGUAGGAAUUCUAUUUAAAUUCUUCAUUCAUACGGUCAGGUUUAAAGACUGUCUAGAUUGAAGUCCAUGGCGUACAGUAUAGAGUUUAUAAUCUUUUUGCAGAGUUAAAGUUUGUGAGACUUCAGAGUCAGAGAUGGUAUUAAUUUUAGUUGCGGGCAACUGAGUUGUUAUGUAACCUAAGGUGGAAGUUGUUUUGCAUUGACAAUUUGGCAAUAAGAUGUUUUUUAAAACUUCUUGUACUUAAUAUUUUAUAUUCACGCACAAGUUUUUUAUUAUUUUAAAUAGGACUCAGUGUAUAAUAUAAAGAUUUUUGUGUUCUUUUCCCUAUCAUCCCCUUCAUAAUUUCACAGGUACUAACUAUGACAUUUGCCUCCCUCCCCCUGCCCUUUUGACUCCACUCAGAAAGUUAUGAAUCAAAGUCCUUCUACUUAAUUUUCUAUAUACAGGCUCACAUUCUACCUCUGGCAGGCAGUCCUAGGGGAAAUGAGGUGAUUGCUUUUGGUGCCUCUUUCCUAUGUCCCUCGGGAAAUUUUAUCGUUAUAUAUUUUUAACUUUGUUUUCAUAGAGAAUUUCUUGGGUCUGAGUUAUUCAUAUACUUGUUCUAAUUUGCUGAUAUUAUAUCUGAUAUCUUGAAGUUAUUGUUCUUGGUUUUGGGGGACUUUGUGGUGUUUUAUUAAUUAAAAAAAUUUUUUUUAUUGAUUUCAGAGAGGAAGGGAGAGAGAGAUAGGAACAUGAAUGAUGAGAAAGAAUCAUUGAUUGGCUGCCUC